UGCAACUUGAUUGGUGCUUGCUUAUUCUUCUAACAGCACCAAAGGCAAUCAGAUAUUCAAGAUACCGUGUCACUUACUCCACCAUUCUAAGUAUUGAUGUUUAAGCUCCCUAGUAAAGAGAGAAGAUGGGGAAGAAUUUAUCAGAAUUGAUUUUUAUGCAGAUAUAACCUAUUUUGGGGAAGGACAGGGUGAGGAUGCUGGUUUUCAGUAACGGACAAGCAAUGGUUCCUAGUUUGGGGCGGGGGGAGUAAGGAUUUUGUUCGUCUGUUUGGGGUGGAUAUUUCUAUCACUUUUUAACUGUAGUUUGGAGGCAAUUGUUCUCCGGUUAACAACCUUAAGUGACUGCCUUAAGGGCAAGAAUAUAUUUUUUUCUUUUAAUCUUCAUUUUAAUGUUAUUGCGCAACUUAUGAUUUGACUUGACUGUGUAAAUAUAUUUGGUUUUGUAAAUUGCGAUACUCUAGUCUAGUUUCCUUUUUCUAAGUGAAACUUUAUUUGGACUGAAUCUGUGGAUUAUUCUUACAGUAGAAUGCAGGGCAUCAUGUGCAGACUGAAAAUCAUUAAAGUUCAGAGUGGAGACCAUAAGUUACUGAUCUGCUAUUCUGCAUCUAUCUUAAAUCAAGAACCGUUUCUGCCGACAAAUAAUCAAAUAUUUUAUAGUAACAAAACUUUUUUAUGUGCGUAGGGAAUGUGAGUGUGACAGCAGAUGAUGUUUCUGUUCCACAAUUCAAGUCUAGACUUUAGACCAAAACACGUUUCUUGUUCCCAAUGUACACUUGUCUUCCAUCAUUGUUAUUGUUUACAGUGUGUGAUGCCAUAUAAAGUAUGGACGUGGAAGCUUUGCAUGAAAGGGUUUCUUGCUGAUUUCCUGGUGGUUUUUGCAAGUGUCUCUUCCUCUGGUGUAUAUAUACCCUGCUACUUUUGCUCUCUCUGUCCAUCUCAAGACGGAACAAUGAAGAUGAAACACAGUUUACUUCCUUUUGUUUGGCUGAUACUUGUUUUAAUCCUCUCUGUUGUUGUAGCUGCGAAUUCGCAAGAUUGGGAUCGCAGCUACUACAGCUCACAGCUUUCUGGUCAUGCUCAGUCUCACUCUCAGUCUCGGCACUCACCUUCUGGUGCCCAUUUGGCGUCCUCCCAUGCUGGCCAUUCACCUCCUUCUGGUGGGUUUAAUUACAACUAUCCUCCACCUUCAUCUGGUGGCAACCAACCACCUUCUUAUGGGACUCCGCCACGUUCACAUGGACAUCAACCACCAUCUCGUGGUGGUUCUUCGCCUCCUUCAGGUGGUAACCAAUCACCUUCACAUGGAUAUCAACCACCUUCCCGUGGUAGCUCUCCGCCGUCCUCAGGUGGCAAUCAACCGCCUUCGCAUGGAUAUCAACCACCUUCUCAUGGUGGCUCUUCGCCUCCGUCGGGUGGCAACCAUCCGCCUUCACAUGGGCAUCAACCACCUUCCCAUGGUAGCUCUCCGCCGUCUUCAAGUGGCAACCAACCACCUUCACAUGGACAUCAACCACCUUCCCAUGGUGGCUCUCCGCCGUCUUCAGGUGGUAACCAACCGCCUUCACAUGGAUAUCAACCACCUUCCCAUAGAUAUCAACCACCUUCCCAUGGUCGCUCUCCGCCGUCCUCAGGUGGCAACCAACCGCCUUCACAUGGAUAUCAACCACCUUCUCGCGACUCUCCGCCUCCCUCAAGUGGAAACCGACCACCUUCACAUGGACAUCAACCACCUUCUCAUAGUGGCUCUUCACCUCCCUCAGGUGGCAACCAACCACCUUCACAUGGACAUCAACCCCCUUCCCAUGGUAGCUAUCCGCCACCCUCAGGUGGCAACCAACCACCUUCACACGGUGGCUCUUCGCCUCCCUCUGAUGCGUACAAACCUCCUCCAACUCGUGGGAGCCCACAACCGCCAUCGGGUGGAAAUCAGCCACCCUCCCAUGGGACUCCGCCACCUUCACAUGGACAUCAACCACCUUCCCAUGGUAGCUCUCCACCGUCCUCAGGUGGCAACAAACCUCCUUCACAUGGACAUCAACCACCUUCCCAUGGUAGCUCUCCACCGUCCUCAGGUGGCAACAAACCUCCUCCACAUGGACAUCAACCACCUUCCCAUAGUGGCUCUCCGCCGUCCUCAGGUAGCAACCAACUGCCUUCACAUGGAUAUCAACCACCUUCUCAUGGCGGCUCUCCGCCCCCCUCAGGUGGAAACCGACCUCCUUCACAUGGAUAUCAACCACCUUCCCAUGGUAGCUCCCCACCUCCCUUAGGUGGUAACCAACCGUCUUCACAUGGACAUCAACCACCUUCCCGUGGCAGCUAUCCGCCUCCCUCAAGUGGCUACCAACCACCUUCACACGGUGGCUCUUCGCCUCCCUCCGAAGGGUACAAACCUCCUCCAACUCGUGGGAGCCCGCGACCACCAUCCCAUGGACAUCAACCUCCAUCAGGUGGAAAUCAGCCACCCUCUUAUGGGUCCAAUCCUCCACCUUCGUCUCACGGCCAUCCACCACCCUCCCAUGGAAACCCACCUCCCAAAGGACAUCAACCACCAUCUCAUGGAGCUUCCCCACCUCCCUCCCACAGCUACAAUCCUCCACCACCCAAAGGACACCAUCCCCCCUCCCAUGGUGGCUCUCCACCUCCCUCUCAAUCACACAACACUCCCCCACCAACCAAAGGACAUCAACAUCCUCCCACUCACCACCACCACCCGCUACCAUCACCGCCAUCUCAUAGCUAUACUCCUCCAAACUCUCCAUCUCCGCCAUCAUACGGACAUUCACCACCACCCGCUCCAUAUUUCUCCACCGCCAACUCUCACAACUGAAGUCUUGCUUAAUCGCCACUCCUAUCCUCCGUCGCAAUAAGUGCAGCAGAGUGCAUACACACAAACUUCAUGCAUAUACGGACGGAAUGUUUGCCUUUAAAUUAAGUGUUACUGUUGUUCCUUUAUAGUGUAAGCUAAGGUUGUUAGUUUUACCCAAGUGAAGGCCAUCAAAAUGUGUAACUUUACUAUACAUGGCUGGGCAGUUAUUUGUAAUACUAAUCUAUCAGUAUAUGAAUAAAUUAAAUGCAUGUUCAUCUCUGUAUGUC